AUGUCCUUCACAGAUUCAGCAGCCGUGAAGUCUGGGGUGACUUCUGGAAUCAUGCAGGAAGCUAUCGAUAAUAUGCUUGAUCUAAAUCCUGUACAUGUGCCCCGUGGAUCCCGUACCAUGAUUGCGUCGUCUUCUUCAGUCACAGCCUCUGCUGCUACUCUUGGAGUUCAACGUAACGCCUCAUCAAAUAUGUUCAACGACAUUUUUGCAGUAACUCCUCGAAGAAAUCGCCGGAGAGUCACUGCCACAGACCUCCAGUCUGCAGUAGACUCAGACGACUCAGAGGUCUAUUCGGAUUUGAGUGAUGAUUCAAUUGCCACCUCGGCCAUAUCCAGCGAGAGGAUUCAGGGUUGCAAUUCUCCCUCCGUGAACAUCGGUGGUUCAAGAGUCAAUGCACCCGACUCCCGACAGAGACCUACAACUGAGCUGUACAUUAAGAUGGUGCUGGGUCCAAAAGUUAACAUAGUUGUUGGACCUGAGAAGAAAUCAUUUGAGCUACCAAAAGAUCUCCUCGCAUACUAUUCUCCGGUCUUCGAUCGAUCCUUCAAUGGAAACUUCAUAGAAGAUCAGACGCAAACAAUGGAAUUGCCAGAAGAUACUGUGGAAGAUUUCGAAGUUUUGGUAGAGUACGUUUUCCACCACGGUGUUGGCGACAAACUCUCCAUCUCGAAGCAUGGGCAACAUGCCGCUGAACAUUGCAUUUCCUUUUUAAAGUACGCGGAUAAGUACGACCUUGGAGAUGUAAGCACUUUGGUAUACGGCGCUCUUCGACCGGCCUUGAUAGACGGUGGUGCAUCAGCUUUCAAUUCUAGCUUUAUAGAAGUUGUUUUCUCACUCACAGAAGAUGGCAAUUGCUUACGAGAACUGAUGGCCGACGCCGCAUUGUCAUUUCAGGGGGAGACUUUGGGAAAUUAUCGAAAAAGUGUCAAGAUCAAUUUCGAAAAGCAGGAGGCUGAAGUGGAGGGCUUCACAUCGGCUCUGUAUCGCCAACUCAAACAAUCUGGCGUUUCCUGUCGGUAUAACGCUCCUUUUUAUCCGAAAAUAUACAGAGAUUUCAAUAAAAUUUGA